UUUUCGGGUUUGGGUUUUGGGUAACGAAAUAUUUCGUACUUUUAGCAAUUUACCCAUCCUCUUUUUAAUUUUCUGCCCUAAUUUUCGUGCUGUGGAGUUGGGUUGUUUCCAUCAAAGUCCAAAACGAGGUUGAAGAUGACUGCGCCGGAUACUGAACCGGUAGUCCCUUCUUCUUCCCAAGUGAAGGUGAAGAAGAAAAAGCAGAAGACCGCUGCAGUCUCUAAUUCAGGCGUAGAUCUGAAAUCCAUUAUCCAUAACCAUGCGUUGUUCUUUGAUAAGUUAGUGGAGCUUAUCCCGGUAAGGUUCUAUUUAUCUAGUGAUGAAAAAGGAAAACCUUGGUUUCAGGGCCUUAGCAAGAAAGAAAAGGCAAUGGCUAAGAAGGAAUCAAAGGAAAACCUUAAGAAAGCACGAAGAGAUCGUAUGGAUCCAGAAAAGUCUUCUAAAUCAACUGUUCAUUUGCUUAAAGAAAGCUUGGAAAAUGAAAAGUUGAAAAGUAAAAAUGACGAUGAUGGAGAUGAUGUUAAGCCAGUGGCAACUGGGUGGGACAGUGAUGACCAGUCAGUGACAUAUGAAGAACUGAGACAACGCCUUCAUCGAAAAAUUGAGGAGUUCCGGGUGAAUAGAAAUACAGGAUGUUCAAAUAGGGAAAAGAAGAGAAAUGAAAGAAACGAGAGAAGGGAAGCUAUCCAGAAGAAACGCAAGAGAGAAAAUGACUCUGACGAGAAGAAAUCAGUCACCAUGCCCUCAGAAAUUGAAAUGGAGAGGAAUGUAGUUGAGGCCUCCAAAGAACUUGCGUUUGGUCAUGUUAAACUGGGAACUGAAGAAGAGCAAGGUAAGAAUAAGAAAAAAAAACUCUCCAAGUUGAAGGAACUUGAAAAGGCAAAAAAGUUGGAAGAAGCAAAGAAAGACCCCGGAAAGGGCGAGAUAGUAUUGAAGAAGCAUUCUUGGCAAGCAGCAACAAGUAGAGCUGCUGGGUUUAAAGUUCAUGAUGAUCCACAGCGUCUGAUGAAGAGUUUACGGAAGGAAAAGAAACAACAGCUGAAGAGUGUCGAGAAAUGGAAAGGUAGAAUUGAAACCACCCAGAAGAUGAAAGCAGAAAGACAACAAAAGAGAUCUGAAAACAUAGCUCAGAAAAUCCAUGACAAGAAGAUGAAACGGAUUGAAAAGAGGGAGAAAAAGUUAAUGCGCCCUGGCUUCGAAGGUCGCAAGGAUGGUUUCAUUAAUGGAAGCAGCGCAUGAAGUGGAAAGAAGUGAGUGUAACCUUCGCAGUUUCUCCCCCAGUUUUGAGGUUUGAAUUUAAAUUGGUUAAUCUAUUCACACCCUUCAUAACUUCAUCUCAUGUAUGUUUAGGGAAGUUGUUUUAACAUCAAAGUAUGGAUUCAAAUUCAACAGUCAAAUCAGUUUUCUACCCUUGUUUGUUUUGACUAUAGUAAGCAAUUCAGCAGUUGCCCGACGAGAAGAAUUUAGUCCAUAAACUAAUCAGAUUCAUAACGUGAUACAAACGUUGAGAUCAAAUUAAUGCAAUCUGUUCAAGUUAUUCUUUACAAAUCAAA